UUCGUAAUUGUGACCAGGGAAGCGGUAGCAACAUUAUAAUUCAAUUUAAGGGUUGAAUUGCCACCGUAUUAGUGACCAUGUAAUUUGAGCGGGAUUAUUUUUACUUUUAGGGCGCCAUAUAUUAUCUAUAAUUAACUCACAUAACUGGCCUCUUCCGUAAUUAGGGUUUUCCAUCAAAUGAAUCGAAGAACUGGAACUUUGCAGAAGUUGCUACUGCAGGAUUGAGGUUCUGUUUGUGCUUUUGACAGCCGGAGUUUUUUUCAUAAGAAAGACCUUUUAGAGUGUCAUGAUCAUGUGGAAAACCGGGCCCGAGCUGGAACUGCGACAACCCGUGCUGCGUGACGCCGGUUCUGAUCACGAGCCCGGUUGGCAAAACAGUAGCCGACAUGAUCAGGUUGGGUCAAUUCGGGUCAGAUGAAGCUAUUAGAUGUUGUCACGAUUGCUUAUCGGCUCUAUCGACAGCUGGCACUGCUGGCAUUAGAUAUGGCGACAUUAGACCCGAAAAGGCGAAAACAGUAAGGUGUUCAAGCAAGAGGGUUCAUAUUUGGUCCUCCUAUUGCAUUGGCUCUUGGCGAGAAAUUUGUUCCCAUCAGAAAACCCAACAGAUUGAAAAGUUGAACUUAGUUAUCAAGGAGCUCGUUAAGGAAAAAGAUGAAGAAAAAGAUGAAGAAAAAGAAACGUUCAAUGGAAUUAUUGCGGCGUUGUUGGCUGACAAAGAAAAAGAUAAGGGGGAUAAAGAUGCGUUGCUUGAUAGGAUGUCACAAAUUGAAGCUAUGUUAACAACUGCAGUUCGAAGAUAGGCUAUAAACACUUGGUUUUGAAUGUUUAUAUGUUUAAUCUUAUUAGGAUAAUUUUAGUUAGUUUAUAUUUUAGUUGGUAUUUUUUAUAUGCUUUUGAAAACAAGAUAUUUUAUAUAAUUUUGGGAUUUUAUUA